AUGCCCCUCACCGGUUCUUACCUGGGCGACGCGGCGGCUGCAGUGACGUUCGUGGCAGCCAUGCUGGUCCUCGUGUGCAGAUGGAUCUACGGAUACUGGAAGCGGCGCGGCGUCCCGUUUCUAGAACCGGAAUCCGUGUUCGGUAAUUUUAAGGAGAUCCUUCUGAGCCGGAAAUACUUCGGUGAAGGCUUGCAAGAGCUUUACUGGCGCCUGCAGCCUCACCCUUACGGCGGGAUCUUCGUAUCUCUGAGACCGGCGCUUCUCGUCAGAGACCCCGAUCUCAUCAAGAGCUGCCUCGUCAAAGACUUCAACCACUUUCAACACAGGGGAUUCAAGGUGGACGAGAAGCACGACCCGCUGAGCGCCCACCUGUUCAACCUGGGCGGGCCGCGGUGGCGAGCGUUGCGCACCAAACUGACGCCGACGUUCACGUCGGGCAAGAUGCGGCUCAUGUUCCCACUGAUGGAGGCGUGCGCGCGCGAAAUGGUCGCCGUGCUGCAGCCGCUCGCCGAGGGCCGCCAGGAGGUCGAGAUCAAGGAGUGGAACGCCAGGUUCACCACCGACGUCAUCGGCACCUGCGCCUUCGGCAUCCAGUGCAACUCGCUGCGCGACCCCGAGUCCGAGUUCCGGAAGAUGGGGCGCAGCAUCUUCAACUCGCCCUUACGAACACUCUUCAACUUCGUGCGUUGUGGUUACCUCCUGCACAUAAAUUCUGUAAGUCCGGGGUGUGAGCGCUUCUUCAUGGGUGUCGUGCGUGACACAGUGGACUACCGGAAGAAGAACGACGUGAAGAGGAACGACUUCGUCAACCUGUUGCUGGAGCUGCAGGAGAAGGGACAGGUGCAACCCGACCACGAAAGUGCAGACACUGGGAAAAAGGUCGCUCACUCGCCGGACAUCGACUUCACCUUCACAGACGACCUGUUCGCUGCACAGUGUUUCGUCUUCUUCGUGGCCGGUUUCGAGACGUCUUCCACGACAAUGAGCUUCUGCAUCCACGAGUUGGCAGUCAACCCCGACGUGCAGGACCGCCUCAGGUCUGAAGUCGACAGUGUGCUCAGUAGACACGGCGGGGAGGUGACGUACGAUGCCGUACAGGAGAUGACCUAUCUGGACAUGGUGGUCGCAGAGACACUUCGGAAGUAUCCGCCUGUAGCUAACUUCAGCAGAGCCUGCACCGAGCCCUACAACCUACCGGGCACCAGUGUCAGGAUAGAAAACCCCGUGAAGGUCAUAAUACCGGUCUACGCGAUCCACCACGAUCCCAAAUACUACCCGGACCCGGAAAAGUUCGACCCUGAGCGCUUUACGGAAGAGGGCAAGGCGUCACGACACCACUUUGUUUACCUGCCGUUCGGAGAGGGACCGCGUAUCUGCAUAGGUAUGCGUUUCGGCCUACUGCAGGCUAAGCUGGGCAUCGCUUCUCUGGUCUCCAAGUUCGUCUUCAGUGCCACCAGCAAAACUCCUGUCAAGCUACGGAUGGAUCCCAAGUCAGCUGUGACGUCAUCCAUCGGAGGCAUCAACGUGCGUAUCUCCGCGAGGACUCGAAAUGACGGCGAGUGGUGA